AUGGCUGGCGGCAAGAAGAAGCGCGGACACCCUGACGUCGAGGAAGUCCUCCAAAGACCCUGGUGUUAUUAUUGUGAGCGUGACUUUGAUGAUCUCAAGAUUCUCAUAUCCCAUCAGAAGGCUAAGCACUUUAAAUGCGAACGGUGCGGCCGCAGACUAAACACCGCAGGAGGUCUCUCCGUCCAUAUGAAUCAAGUCCACAAGGAGACUCUGACGAGCGUCGACAACUCCCUGCCGAACAGACAAGGGUUGGAUGUGGAAAUCUUCGGUAUGGAAGGCAUCCCGGAAGAUGUUGUCCAAGCACAUAAUCAGCGCAUCAUCGCAGGUUUCUAUCAGGCACAAGCAGAGCGACAGGCUGCCACGGGCAAUCCAGGUCCAGGUGCGCAAAAUGGUGGUCAAUCCAAGAAACCAAAGAUCGAGGCACCCUCGGAUUUGAAGAAGCGAUUAGCAGAGCACAAGGCGCGGAAGGCCGAGCAAGCUGCGAAUGGGAGCAGUGGAGCUAACACACCCAUGAUGGACCCUGCACAAAACAGCCCUAUAGGCCAAAGUCCGGUUCCAUUUAACGCUUCCCCCUUUCCUCCUCAACAAGCCAGCUAUGGCGCAACACAAGGUGCGGGUUACGGAUCGUUUUCACAAGAGCCCUAUUCACAACCUGUGGCAGCUUACCAACAGCCUCCCUACCAAGCCCCCUUUUCGGGUCCACCAGGCCAGCAAUACCAACCCUCCUAUUCGCCACCUCAACAACAACACGCCCCUACCGCACAAUCUUACCCCCCAUACCCACCCCAACUUGGACCCGGCUCACCACCCGGCUCGUUUGGUGGAUAUCCACGCCCGGUAUCGCACACUCCUCCACAGCUUGGCGGACUCCCAAAUCGACCACCAAGUUUGCCGCCUGCUCCCGGGCUUCCGCAACGACCAUCUUUUGGUGCUCCUCAACUUCCACCACACCAAAUGCAGCAGAUGCAUCAAGGCGCUCCCCCACCACCGGGCACGUGGGGAGGCAGUGGAUGGAAGGGUACAGAACAAAACACAGCUAUGUCAUCAGCAUACUCUCACCCUCCAGGCUUCCCUGGAGCUUAUCCGACUAACGCUUCUCCUGUGGAUGACGCUGUCUCAGGCGCUGCCCGCGAAGCUGACGAUGACAUUGACAAACUGAUCAGAAUGGCCGAGGCAGGUAUCAAGCCCCUGAAGAAUGGAGAAGUCCCCGCGCCAUCCCAGGCACCCGAAGCGAUGCCCACCCCCGCUCCUGAAGCCAAGUCGGCAGAGACGGUGGCGCCGGCCGACAAGAAGUCGAAGAAGGAGAAGGGGCAGGUCAAGAUGAUGUAUUCCGACAACGAUUUGAGCCCGGAGGAGAGAAUGGCCCAAAUGCCCAGGUACGCAUUCGUCCCAGAAGGAAAGACUGAACCAGUUCUUGUCGAAGCAGCUCCGGUGGCCGAGGCCGUGGGCGCUUAG